UGUCCUUUGACGUAGGAGUUCAAAGUUGAAGCAUUUCGCGGGAGAUAUCAAUAUUCCAGAAACAUUGCACCCUUGUGUUGGAAGUGCAUUUUGUGUUAAAGUACAUAUUCCAGCUUCUGUAACAGUCAAUCAGAAUAGCAAAGGUAUUGCCAUGUUCUCCGACAUUAUUGAUCAGAAGGAGUCUACAUUGCUCCAGCCGCCCGGUUCGGAACAGCCUGUAUUUCAGCGGGAGCAGCUGUCAUACAAAGGCUGCUCGGAGCGCUUCCGACUGGGUGAACGAAGCUUCAGUCGACAGUACGCGCACAUAUACGCCACUCGUCUCAUGCAGAUGAGAGACAUCCUUGUCAAAAGAGCCAAGCAAAAGUGGGGAGAGUCGGUGCCCAUGCGGAAGUUAUGUGAUCUGCCGAUGGGGGAGCAUUGUGUAAUUGUGGGUACCAUCUUCAAACACAUGGAACUUCAGCCAUCUAUCCUGAAGGAAAUCAGUGAGGAGCACAACCUGUUACCCCAGCCGCCCCGCACCAAAUACAUCAGCCAGUCAGACGAACUCAUCCUUGAGGAUGAGCUGCAGCGAAUCAAACUAGAGGGAAACAUUGACGUUGCCAAGUUUGUCACAGGCAGUGUGAUUGCCAUCUUGGGCGCAGAGAAGAAUGAUGGGAAGUUCACUGUUGAGGACUUCUGUACAGCAGAUUUGCCAGCUCAGACUCUCAGAAAGGUCCCAGAGGCCGAUCGGUUUGUUUUGCUUGUUUCUGGUCUUGGAUUGGGUGGCACCGGUGCCGACAGCAUGCUGGGACUACAGCUUCUGGUUGACAUGGUAACAGGACACUUGGGCGAUGAGGGAGAACAGAGUGGAGCGGCGUCCAUCUCCCAUGUUCUCUUGGCUGGGAACCUGCUGAGCCCAAGUACCCAGGACAAAGACUCCAACACCAAGGCCAAGUACCUGACUAAGAAAACACAGGCAGGCAGUGUGGAGGCCAUUAGACUGCUUGAUGAGCUGUUGGUUCAGCUAGUGGCCUCCGUACCUGUGGAUGUGAUGCCAGGCCAGUAUGACCCCACCAACUAUACAUUGCCACAGCAACCUCUGCACCGCUGUAUGUUCCCUCUGUCCACUCCCUACCCAACCCUGCAGCUGGUCAGCAACCCCUAUCAGGCCUGUGUGGAUGGUGUGCGGUUCUUGGGCACAUCAGGUCAGAAUGUGAGUGACAUCGUUAAGUACAGCAGCAUGGAAGACCACCUGGAGGUUUUGGAGACCACACUCCGUCUGCGCCACCUGGCCCCCACUGCUCCGGAUACACUCGGUUGUUAUCCCUUCUAUCAGAACGAUCCCUUCAUCCUGGAAGAGUGUCCGCAUGUUUACUUCAGCGGAAGCGCUCCCAGUUACCAGUCCAAGCAUAUUACAGGUCCUGAAGGGCAAGACGUCCUCCUGUUGGCCAUCCCAGAAUUCAGCAGCACACAGACAGCCUGCCUAGUCAACCUGCGCACUCUAGAGUGUGAGCCAAUCAGCUUUUCCUCCUUCUCUGAUGAAGAUGAAGAAUCUGAAAUGAAUAUUAGCCACUGAAGCCCUGCAGUUGUAUUUAUUGCCCAUGACAAGUGUCCGACUGGUAAAAAGGAUUUCAGUUUUAAUUACCAAAGUAUAUCUACAGUAUAUCAUUACACCAUGAUGUAUGGAUAUGGAAAAACAUGUUGAACACUCUUAGGAUGACUAAUUCUUUGGCUCAGUUUGUGUGAAAUUUGAUCAUUGGACAACUAGGCACAAGUCAUUGUAACGAUACUGGCCAUGAAGUUUCCCAGCCAUGGGUGUUAUUCAUGUUUUUAUUGUUUUUCAUGAGAGCAAUAAUUUCUGUAUUGGAAUCUGUCCAUGUAAAGUGUUUUAAUACUUUUUGUGGAUUAUAAUUCUGUUACACAGGUAAACGUCCACCUGUUAAAAAACAUAACAAGCAAGGACAAAGGUAUUGAUAAGAGAUCCUUUCAGGCAUUUAAAUCGCUGUAGAUCUUAGUGUGUUUGGAUGGAUUUCCCCACCCUUGCAUUUUGUGAGUCAAUUUCAUGGCAGAAGACAACAGCACUAUGUAAACAAGCCUUUAUUCGCUGGAAAAUAGUCAUUGACCUCAGCUACACAUUGAGAAAUGUUUCUGGAUUGUUCAGUGCACCCCCUUAGUGGAAGCUGGAGCAGUUGCCUUUGAGGGUGAGGAAUGUAUAAUGUAAAUAAAAACUCUUUUGUAUCGAAAUGA